UCUUUUUCGAAAUGAAAAACCUUGAAAUUUACUCUUUCUUGGCAUAUUGCUACGCUUCUUUUCAAACGGCAUUAUAAUUUAAUUUUCUUUUAAAAAUGGCAGCAAUGACAGAUGUUACAGACCCUACCUCCGUUGCUAUGGAGUUGGGUAGCGAAAAGAUCACAAUUUUGCCUGGACAUUCCGCGGAUUUUACGUCUGUGACAUUUCAAGUUUUAAAAGAAGAUCAUACUCUAGGAAAUUCUCUUCGCUAUAUGAUCAUGAAAAACCCUGAGGUCGAAUUCUGUGGUUAUUCUAUACCUCAUCCAUCAGAAGCCAAGAUGAAUCUUCGAAUUCAGACACUUCCUAGCACAACCGCGGUUGAAGCACUCAAGAAGGGAUUGGAUGAUUUAAUGGAUCUUUGCGAUGUUGUUACAGACUCUUUUAAUAAGGAGCUUCAAAACAAGGAUCAAUCUAUGCAGAUCGACGCUUAAGAUUGCUUGCAAGCAACAAGCUCCUAUGUUUCCUUUGAGGAAGAUACUGAGGUAAAACAUGCAUUGGCUUCAAGUGCGUGUAGCAGUCUCCCUCAUUGGACCAAUCGUUUAGUUUUUGUCAAAUAUAAUUUGGGAUUUUGGUUGAAAGCGACUGUUUGGGAAUUAUUGUAGUUUUCUUCAUUGCAACUUCUAAAUAUGAAUAUAAAAUACACUUAGUAUUAUGAACCGAUGGUUUUUUCUUUUCCGUAAUCCGUCCGAACAGUAUCAAACAAACCCAUAUCAAGUGAUUUUUUU